UAUAAAGUAACUCAUCUCUAGUGGUUAUCGCCUCCGCCAUCUUCCACGACAUCUUCGGUGAGUGCCUUUUACCGUUUACAAACAGAUCUGUCGAUUCGGUUCACUAGUCUGCUGUUUCUGUCCAAUUUUUGUCGCCAACUAUUCAACAUGUCAGAGUCAAAGUCCCCGUCAACGCCGGCUCCGUCAUCACCGUUUGUUCUUUUCGAUGAAAGCAACACACCUUUCCUUAUCUUAUCGAAAGAUUUUUGGCUAAGAUUCGAUUUUGAGGAGUUUAAUGACUCUGAAUCUAUUAUAAAAGCUAGAGAAGAGCUUCGGGAACGACCGAAGGUUAUCGCAAACAGCUUGAAGGUUUUGAGACAGUUCCUUGGAAAUGAACCAAAACUUAUCAUUCCCAUCCAUGAUGAUACCUUCUUGAUAAGAUUCCUGAGGCCCCAAAAAUAUUAUGCAGAGAGUGCAUUCAGAUUGAUCAAGGAAUACUUCACGGCGAAGGCAAACGCGGAUUUUUUCCUUGAUGACAUCUCGCUCCACUCCUUGAAGCAGGCUUUCGUGACCGGAGUGGUGCAAGUUCUUCCAGAGCGUGAUCAAAACGGUCGAAGAAUUAUAUGUUUGGAAAUCGGAGGUAAAUGGAACUGCACGGAGAUGUCCCCGAUGGAAUUGUUUCAAGCCACGCAUGCGCUUGCAACCCUGUGCUCGCUCGAACCACACACUCAAUUGAACGGUGUCGUCUAUAUCAUAAAUUGCGAAGGCCAAAGCUUCGCCCAACUGAGCCAGUUUACGCCGAAGCUCGUUAAGGACAUGUUCGACUACUGGCAGAAGUACUCCCCGAUGCGCACGAAAUCAAUCGUCAUUAUUAACAAUAUGAUAAUCUUCGCCAUUCUGUUCAAGAUCAUCAAACCAUUUCUUAGUCCGAAAUGGGGUUCAAGGAUUCACUUUCUCGGUGGCAAUAUCAAGGAACUCCACGCGCAGAUUGACGCUGAGUGUUUACCUGCUAGGCUUGGGGGAACCUGUGAUUAUGAGUACGAUGGUGCAGCGUUUUUUGAGUUCAUAAGUGCUUAAUUCAUACGGAUACGAGGAAAAUAACUAGAAAUUUUGUUGAAUAAAUUACUAUCUUGUGCAUUAUUCUGUCCAUGUCAAUUGUAAUAUAUUUAAAUUGUUUGUGGCUCAUACCCAGAGGCUUGCGGACUCAGGAAAUGAAUCAGUUAUAGCUUCGUUUUGUAAUUUUUUUUAAAUAAAAAAACAGUAUUUGCAUUGUU